UUUCUUUUCUUUCGAAUUUCCCCAUCGGUUUUUCUUUUUUAAAUUAAAAUUUUAAAAAAAUUAAAAGAAAAAAUUCGUAAGCAAUGCCAACAUUGGAUGAAGAACUCUUCCCUUCCACCCCUGGUAAAUUCAAAAUCGAACAAAGAAGCUAUGGGAUCAACCGUCAAUUCUACCGUUUCUUCGCUUCAACCAGCACCAUGUUCUUAUGGGCUCUUUUCUUAAUCGCUCUCACCGUCUCCUAUCUCAGCUUCCAAAGCUUCGUCGAUUCCGGUACCCGCUAUCUCUCCGCCUCUUGGGGCGGUCUCCAAUGGGAGAAACAAGUCCGUACAUCCGCCGAGAUCACCCGUUCCGGUGGUAUGUCUGUACUCGUCACCGGUGCUUCCGGUUUCGUUGGGACCCACGUUUCUUUAGCACUCAAACGUCGUGGUGAUGGCGUUGUUGGACUUGAUAAUUUCAAUAAUUACUACGAUCCUUCCCUUAAAAAAGCUCGUAAGGCGCUUGUUAACCGCCAUGGUGUCUUCGUCAUUGAAGGCGAUAUCAACGAUGCCCGAUUACUCGAUAAGCUUUUCGACAUUGUCGCUUUUACUCACGUCAUGCAUUUAGCUGCCCAAGCUGGUGUCAGGUACGCAAUGGAGAAUCCUCAUUCUUAUGUUCAUAGCAACAUUGCAGGUCUCGUUACUCUUCUCGAGGCUUGUAAAUCGGCCAACCCUCAACCUUCUAUUGUUUGGGCUUCCUCAAGCUCUGUUUAUGGUCUCAACGAGAAAGUCCCUUUCUCCGAAUUGGAUCGUACUGACCAACCCGCGAGUCUCUACGCUGCUACUAAAAAAGCCGGCGAGGAAAUUACUCAUACUUAUAAUCACAUCUAUGGAUUGUCUAUUACUGGUUUAAGAUUCUUUACUGUUUAUGGCCCAUGGGGAAGACCGGACAUGGCAUAUUUUUCGUUUACCAGGAAUAUUCUUCAGGGCAAGCCGAUUACAGUUUAUCGAGGGAAGAAUGAGGUGGAUUUGGCUAGGGAUUUUACUUACAUUGAUGAUAUUGUGAAAGGGUGUUUGGGAUCGCUUGAUACAUCGGGAAAAAGUACCGGAUCAGGUGGGAAAAAGAAAGGGUCAGCACCGUAUCGAAUCUUCAAUUUGGGGAAUACGUCGCCGGUGACAGUGCCGGCGCUGGUGAAUAUUCUAGAGGAGCAUUUGAAAACGGAGGCGAAGAAGAACAUUGUGGAUAUGCCCGGAAACGGCGACGUUCCGUUCACGCAUGCGAAUAUAAGUUCAGCCCGGAUUGAAUUCGGGUAUAAACCGACGACCGAUUUGCGAACCGGGUUGAAGAAAUUCGUUCGAUGGUAUUUAUCUUACUACGGCUACGAACACGGGACGCCUGUAAAUUAAGCGACGCCGUUUCAUUAACAAAUAUAUUUUUUGUUGUUUACUGUAUUUUUUUUCUUUAACAUAUAUAUAUACAUUUAUCUUUAGGGCUGUUUUAUUACCGCUCUUAAUCCGGGAAAGAAAAUGUGAAAGGAAAACACGGAAAAUAAUGAAAAGCAAAUCCGUGAAGUGAAGUGGAGGAGAUGUACUAUUUGUUGUAUGAUAAUCAUUUUGUACAAAUUCAAUUCCAAAUUCAAUUUUUUUGGGAAUC